UUUGACAUUUUUCUAAUUUAAAUCGAUAAACAUAAACAAACUAUUAGUUGUAAUUUCAACAUAAUUAUUAAUUAAUAAUUAAAAAUGACUGUUUAUAAUAUUUAUAUAUUUGAUAGAAUGGGUAGCUUGUUGUUUUAUCAAGAAUGGAACAGAUUGAAACAUUCUGGAAUGACUCGUGACGAGGAAGCCAAAUUAAUGUAUGGAAUGUUAUUUUCAAUCAAAUCUUUUGUGAAUAAAAUAUCGCCCACAGACCCAAAAGAGGGGUUUCUCUUUUAUAAAACUUCAAAGUACACUUUGCAUUUUUUGGAAACUCCUUCUGGGUUGAAGUUUGUUUUGAAUACUGAUAAUCAUUCUCAAGGCGUUAGGGAUUUACUACAACAGAUUUAUAAAGAGAUUUACGUAGAAUAUGUAGUGAAGAAUCCUAUGUGCAAUUUAAAUGAACCAAUCCAAUCUGAAUUAUUUAAAACGAAAUUGGAUGCCUAUAUUAAGCAGUCGUCUGUAUUUUUGACUAAAUCUAUGUAAUUUUCAGAUUAUAGUUUAAUUGUUUAUAAAUAAAUUAUUAUUUUUGCAA